AUCAAUCAUUCACUCUCUUCAUGUCACAACUGGCCUGAGAUCAGUCUGCUGCUGCUUUGCCACACAUUUUGGUGACAGUCUUCCAGCACACGCAGGUUUUACAAACGGAUGCUGUCUUCCCACUUGGAGUCAAAUGGAUAAUGGCCCACUGUAAUCAGCUACGGUCACCAUCCUCCACUCCUGAUGAUGAUGUCAAUUUGGGACCGUCAGCAAACCCACAUGCCAAACCCACUGACUUUGACUUCUUGGCUGUCAUUGGCAAAGGGACCUUUGGAAAGGUGCUGCUGGCCAAGCUCAAAGCGGCCAACCAGUUCUAUGCUGUCAAAGUGCUGCAGAAGAAAGUCAUCUUGAAAAAAAAGGAGCAAAAGAACAUCAUGGCAGAGAGAAAUGUGCUGCUAAAAAGCCUAAAACACCCCUUUCUGGUUCGCCUCCACUACUCCUUCCAGACUGCGGAGAAGCUCUACUUUGUCUUGGACUAUGUCAAUGGAGGAGAGCUCUUCUUUCACCUGCAGCGUGAGAGAUGCUUCACAGAACCCAGGGCGAGGUUCUACACCGCAGAGGUGGCGAGCGCCAUCGGCUACCUUCACUCCCUCAACAUUGUCUACAGAGACCUGAAGCCAGAGAAUAUCCUCUUAGAUUCUCAGGGCCAUGUGGUGCUGACAGACUUCGGCCUAUGCAAAGAAGGUGUUGAACCGGAGGGAACCACUUCCACCUUCUGUGGAACCCCGGAAUACUUGGCACCAGAGGUUCUUCGCAAGGAACCGUAUGACAGGACAGUUGAUUGGUGGUGUCUGGGAGCCGUUCUUUAUGAGAUGAUCUAUAGUCUGCCUCCUUUCUACAGCCGUGAUGUUGGAGAAAUGUAUGAUGGGAUUCUCCAUAAGCCGCUGCUGCUCCCCCCGGGGAAGUCUGAGGCCGUGUGCUCUCUGCUAGAGGGCCUCCUGCAGAAGGAUCAGCACAGACGCCUCGGGGCCAUCGCUGACUUUUUAGAAGUGAAGAACCACACUUUUUUCUCUACAAUCAACUGGGACGAUAUUUACCACAAGAGAAUCACUCCUCCUUAUAACCCCAAUGUGAGGGGCCCGGCCGACACUCAGCACAUUGACCCAGAGUUUACCAGAGAAAUGGUUCCUAACUCUGUUAGUCGGACACCUGAAUUCAACGCCGGCACGAGCGCCAACAACGCCUUCAAUGGCUUCUCCUAUGUGGCCAGCGAGGACAGCUUUCUUUGAGGAAACACCAUGGUUUGACACCUCUUCAGGGGACAGCCUCUAAUCUAAUGGUUUUAUUGGCUAACAACUGCAGAAUUGUCGCUCAAUUAAGUCACAAGGGCAGCCAUUUUGACAAAAUGAGUAGUGUUGAAAGCUCCAUGGUGAGUUUUAUGUCUGAAUACUUUCUAAACAGCGGUUCAGAGAAGGUGGUAAGGCUAUAAUAAAUAUGUUAUGAUUUUUAUUUUACGUCCUUUAUUUCCCUUUGAGUCAUGAUGGAACCGCCCUAGAAUUCUCAGACAUAGCCUGCUAGCUAACAAAUGGACAGGCAAAUGUACACAAAUACAGAAAUUAACUUUUUUUUUUUUUUUUUUACUUUUCUUUUUUUUACUUAUUUUAACUGUUAAAGUCAUAAUGGACUUGUCUAGGGUCCUGUUAGCUUGCGUGCUUACAUCAUCAUCCGUGAAGCAGGAAGUAGUCGGCUAACAAGCUAGUUAGACAAAGAAAAACUCUUCACUUUUUUUUUUUCCUUUUGUUUUUUGCAUUUCAAUCACAAUGGAAGCUUCCCCCUGCCCCCAAAUCAGAAAUGGUAUGCUCCAGUUAGUCGCAUAUAGUCUUUCUUGAACCAAGAAGUAACCUGCUAGCUAACAAAUGGACAAACAUAUGGCGCUCUGCAAUUUUAUUUUUACUUUUGUUGGAGAAAUGUAUUCACUCAUUUUACUGUUUAAGCCAUUAUGGAUUCGUCUUCCCCUGAUACAUAAUAAAAAAAAAUGCUUUGGUCUAUGAACCAGGAAGUGGCCCGCUAGUUAACGAUGAACAAACACAAAUGUAGCGUGCCACACACUGAUCUAAAAAAAAGACUGGAUCGAGCAACCUAUUGUUUUCACGCGCCAAAAUUUGAAGCCAGAUUUUUUCGAUCGCCGCCAUCUUGGUGAGACCACCUUACGCGCCACAGCUUUGUGAUUGUGCUGGUAUACGAACGCAGAAUUAGUGAAAAAUCAUCAAAAACAUCAGGAGUGCCAGUGAAGGAAGCGAGGAUGAGGAAACACAACUUAAAAAGCACUUCCCAAGAACCUUCCACUCGUAAGUACUUUUACUUGGCACCUUUUUUUGACCUGAUAUAUGUGCCACUACUUGAACUGCUUUGCUUUGAAAAGUUCUCGAAAUGUAACCAAAAGUUAAAGUAUGAACUUUGAUGGGUGGUUUUGCAAGAAUUUUCUAGUUACACCUUCCUGUAACAACUAGGCCUUUUUUUGGUGCCUAGCCUAGCAAUCAAUGAUAAAAUUAUUUCUAUGCAGUUUUUUACAGUAGGCUUUGGGUAUUUGCACUUAUCUAAUGUCUUUUUGUACCAAAAAACAGCUUUUUUAAAAGCUACCACAACUACCAAGUUACAUUAAUUCUGAUACCACACAUGAUUCACGCAAAGGUAGAAGACAUGUGACAAAAUUUCUGCUUUCUUCCUGCCUUAACCUUAUCCUGAGAUAAAAAAAAAUAAUGGUUUACCGUAGGAAAAUAAUUAGACAAAGAUAGACUUUAAAUUCCGUACGUAAACAAUGUUUGCAGGCUGCCACACAGCCAAUUUUCCGUCCGUCUCGAAGCUAAAAUACAUCUUACUAGCUUGAUAAAUGACACAAAAGCGUAUAAAUCUGAGUAGUUAUAACCUUUAGCAGUUGAUUUUGGUGGCUAUACGAUCAAUCGAAGUUUUACCAGUGCGUUGCCAUACUGUUGUCUCACAGCAAAGUGGUCUCACCAAGAUGGCCGCCGCAAAUUUCCAUUGGCUUCAAAAAUAAAACAAUAGAAGCUCGAUCCAGUCUUUUUUUUAGAUCAGUGGUGCCACAUAGUGAUGUGCAUACCACUGACUUCCUUUCCGAUCUGAUACGGAGUAAAAUUCAGGCUGGUAUCAGUAUUGCUAUGGUAUUGAUCUGCACAUCACGGGCGCCACAAUUUUUUUUAUACAUUUAUUUGCUCUUUUUAGUCAAUAUGAAUUUGUCUUCCCCUGCUACAGAAUCAAAGAUGGCACCGUCCCUUGGUAUUAGCGCCCUCUGGUGUCCCAGGCAGUGCCCACUAGCUAACAAAUUGACAAACCCCAGUUUUUUUGUAUUGCAUUUAUUUAUUUGCGCCCUUUCAGCAUUUGGGUCACAAUGAACUUCUCUUGCUGCAUAAUCAAAAAUGGUGUGGUUCCUUCUUCCUAUGUAAUCCUCCAUGAACCAGGAAGCAAGGUGCUCGCAAACAGCUGGAUGGACAAUCAAACACAAAUAUGGAGUGCCACAUAAAAAAAAGUGUAUAUAUUUUUGGGUUUUAUCAUUUAGGUCACUAUGGACUCAUCUUCCCUUGCUACAUAAUAAAAAAUGGUACUGUCCCUUCAUCUUAUGCAGUCCCCCAUGAACCAGGAAGUAAUGUACUUGCUAAAACAAAGGAUGGACUAAUACAAAUAUGGUGUGCCCCAACUUUGUAAAAAUGUUGUUUAUUUAUUUUCACAUUUUAUCAUUUGAGUCACAAUGGACUCGUCUUCCCUUGCUACAAAAUCCCAAAUAGCACAGUCCCUUUCAUUUUAUGCCAUCUUCCAUAAACCAGGAACAAAAGCAAAUAUGUCCAAUUUAAAAGCUACACACUUACGUGAAGUGAUUAACAUUAAUGAAUUUGCUUCACAGGGCUGGUUCUAGGCAUGCACAUAUGUGGGGGGCAGUCAAAAAUGUGAAGGGGACAUUAUGCAUCCGCAUUGUACGCCAGCACUUUGUUUUUUUUUUUUUUUGUGAAUAACUGUUUUGUUCACGGCACGGGGUGUUAGCUGUGUGUCCAGCCCUCAGCCUGGAGAAGUGGAUUGCACUUUGUCAGGCCUCAAUCGACCCUGAGACGUGUCCAACGUGGGUGUUCCACCCGAAGACUCAGCUCCUGCUGGUCUCACUCUGAGGGUCACUGAGGCGUGCAAACCCCCUGACCACAAUAAGGUGGCAAUCCUUCAGGGGGGAAACUGAAAAAUAACAGUGUGUAUUGUUUUUAUGGUGUACUUUGUAAUUGUUGUUUUAUGCAUGUUGUUCUACAUGAAUGUUGUUUUAAAGGCUUUAUUGUGAAUGUUUAUGAAUUUACCUUAUUGGUGACGAUGUACACGGUACAUCAUUACCAAUAAGCCAAAUUGAAUGUACAUUGUACACAAUAACGUAUCUAUUAGGCUUGUGUUAAAAUACUCUCUCAUAAUUUAUUCAUGUCAGUUGAUUAAUGGUUGUCUGUGUUAGGAGUGAGAUAAAAAAAAAA